AUGUCGAAACUGGCGAAGGCCGAUGACACUGGCCAUUUGAUGGAACAAUAUGCGGGUAUCUACACGUUGUUGGCCGAGAAGAAUGAAGAUGUGGCAGAUUCCAACGGUCAAGACCACCGCACAGGUAGCUUUACUGCUUCUAACCAAGCAGGAGCCCAAGACGCAAAAAAUGAAUUGAAUAUUACAGCCUUUCAAAACCCUCUUCCAGUCAGUCAAGAUUCAUCCACAGUGACCGCUGUCUCUCUCCAAGAACCUCCCGCCUCAUCCACGACUCGUGCUUUCAACCAUGCAGCUCCCUCCGAUUCAUCCCAAGUCGAACCUGGUCCAUGCUCCAGUACACCUAGAAUAAAUGAUAUGACGCAUCCUGCGCCUUUACGAGAGGACCAGAACCCUGUGAAUAAUGAUCAAAUCAUGCGCCAUGAUUCUGAAAACGGGAUCAACUAUCAAACGCUUCUCGAUAACCUGUCCCAACCAGCUUCCACUAUUCCGCCCAUCAACGAUGCCACUAUCACUGUGCCAAAUUCCGCUGCAGAUUCAAAUACGCGCUUACUAGAUACGGAGCCAUCAUCAUUUGCUCCGUCUAAUCUCCCCGCACGCCCGCCUCCUCAAGACAACCGUGCAAUUAACCCCACUUACUCGCCGGCCGAUGGUAUCCGUUCAUUUCACAAUUCACAUACCCAAAACACAGCCGAUUCUUCCCAUUCUUCUCAGAGUAACACUCAUGGAUCAGCAUCGUUGAAUGCAUCUGACACUUCUGCCCCAUCAUCUACUUACACCGGACUGCCGUCAGUUCUCGCAUCGCUUCAUCAGCCCAAUUCUCCUAAUUUCCAAUAUAACACAAAAACGGGUGCAGAGGCACAUAAUAGUCGUUCGGAUGAAGCUCCCGGGUCACGCGAGCCAAAGCCGCAUGAUGAUAGGAACAAUGAAGCCCCAUGGGGACCCGAAAUCCAGCGGAAAUAUGAUGAGUUUCUUCACAACGAGCGAAUAUAUGUUACAGAAGGCGUAUGGGAUCGCUUUGCGCCUGGCUCCAGAUUGUUUGUUGGUAAUCUUCCCAGUGAAAGAGUGACCAAACGCGAUUUGUUUCAUCUUUUCCACAAAUAUGGAAAACUCGCCCAGAUUUCAAUAAAGCCAGCGUAUGGUUUUGUCCAAUUCAUGGACGCAACCUCUUGCCGUAAUGCGCUUGAAGCAGAACAAAACGGCACUAUCAGGGGCCGAAAGAUCCAUCUCGAAAUAUCCAAACCGCAACGUAGUGGACGGAAUGCCAAUGAGCCGUCAAAACAAGGUAGAUCGAAGAGAUCAAGAUCGCCAGAUAUCGGCAAAUCCCGAGAAGUAGGGCGCGGUGCGCGGUCGGGCAGCGAAAGACACGAUCGUAAUCUUAACGGCAAGAGGUCGCCCAUUGUCGACAGAAGAGACCACCCUGACCGUCACCGUGAUACUUAUAGACCUCCGGUGCGGGGUGGUCGAGAUGACUAUCGAUCUCGGGAUCAGAGUCCUGAGCGGUACGAUGUUCGUAGUAGACGGCGUUCGAGAUCACCAUACGGCCCGAAUGACCGCCAUCGCAAUACCCCACCGAUGGGUCACGGCUAUGACAGCGACUCUGAGCUACCAAUCCCUAGAAGGGCACCUCGCCACGUUCCCGACGUCCAAAUCCUCGUUUUGGAAGACUUAGAUAAUGCAUUUGUUCAUCACAUUGAGACGGCCUUUAAGGAUCGUGGUUUGCAGACAGAUGUCCUAAUUUUAAGCCCUCGCAUAGGGCUUCAAGCAGUAAUCCGACGUCAGAUAUUGGAAGGAGUACUGGCUGUAGUGAAGCUCUCAAAAUCCAACCAGUACUCGUGCAAAAUUCCUUUACAGGUCUUCGAUCGUGGACGUGGUGCGGAUAAUGUUCGCUUCAAUGGUAGGGCCCAACUCAACAAUCCACAACCUCCAAAGCUAACCUCAGUAGAAUACUCGGGGCUUGAGCCAAAAGUCGCUGUUGAAGUAGUGCUUCACGCACGCAAUGUACCGAUCAGUGCCUCGAGUCAAACACUACCAACGUCCGGUUUAGGAGUUCAGGUCCCCGUCCCACCCCAAAAUCUGCUGGGGCCUCAACCCAACGUUGCAAAUCUGAUUUCAAAUCUCGAUGCUCCGGCUCUUCAAUCUCUCCUUGGCGCACUGCAACAGAAUACUGCCGGUAUAGCUCAGCCACAAUAUCGUCCCUCCGGUCAGCCACCAGGUAACCUGGCUAACCUGAGUCAUAUCACGCAUCAUAAUAACCCCGGCCCGUCUAUGCUCCCUCCAAGCCAGUACCCGGCUCAUGCCCAACCCUUUGGCCAGCCCGCGGCCAAUACGCCUCUUGAAGCUGAAACUAACCUUGCUGCACUCCUGGCAAAAGGCCAGGUACCGCCAACCGACCCAUCACAGGCGCGGUUUCUCAUGGAGCAGUUAGCGAAAUGGAAACAAUGA